AUUACUGGUACUUGAAGGUUUUGAUAUUUCUUUGAUUUCAGAAUUUCUUUGGAAUUGAAAGUUUCUAAUUGCAGUUACCAAUAUUAGAUGAAAAUGUUGUCUAGAUUUUGGUCAUUUGUUCGUGGGCCUCAAGUCUACCGCAUUUACUCCUCAGAUGGAACGAACCAACCAUAUACUCCAAGUAUACUGGAAAAUGGCAGCCAGCAAAUCAUCAAAGGCAUUUCCGUGCUGGUCAGCUUAAGUCAGUACAUGUCUCCUCUCAUCCUCAUCUACCUCUAUAAGAAGAACUACACAAUUGAAACCUUGUGGAUAUCUGCAGUCAGGUUGACAGCUAGUGUCUCUCUUCUUGUGUGCAUCUCUUUCCUUAUUAGAGGCAUUGGUCGGAUUACAAACACAAGCUACGUUAACUUCAUGGACCACCUAAAAAAUGCUCAAGAUAAGCAUUCCAAGUCCCCAUACAAUUAUGCUCUCAUCUCACAGAAAUAUGACUGUGACAUCUCAGCUCUACCACAUGCGUAUGUAUCAAAUGAAAGCCAGGCUUCAAACCAGACAUCUUCUUUUCUCAUGGAGUACUUCUCCAUCAGUGGUAUAGGUGCUCACUUGCUAGGCCGCCCUCUCAUCUACCCCGGCAGUAUUCAGGUCUUGCAGUACCUGCUUUCUAUGCACCUGGAGGAGGGUCGUGCAAACUUGAUUCUGAAAGAAAGUGGAAGACGAGCAGUUAUCCAAACAGCUGAUGGGAAUUCUAUUGACACAAUAUUUGUUGAUCGCCAAAAAAGAGGAACCCCGCAGGGCAGCACUCUCGUCAUCUGCUGUGAGGGCAAUGCAGGCUUCUAUGAGAUCGGCAUCAUGUCAACGCCUGUGGCAGCUGGGUACAGUGUACUUGGCUGGAACACACCUGGAUUUGCUGCCAGCACUGGCCUGCCAUUCCCCCAGCAAGUGCAGGCAGCGGCAGAUGCAGUCAUGCAGUUUGCCAUCAACAAACUGGGCUUCGCCCCCGAGAACAUCAUCAUCCACGGCUGGAGCAUUGGUGGCUACCCUGCCUCUUGGCUAGCGGAGCACUACCCUGAUAUUCGGGGGCUGAUUUUGGACGCUACAUUUGAUCACGUGCUGCCUCUGGCCAUCCCCCACAUGCCGGCCUUCAUGUCUGGCUUGGUCAAGACCGUCAUAGAGACUCGCUUCAACCUCUGCAAUGGAGAGCAAGCAUCUCGAUACUUUGGCCCCAUCACCCUCGUACGGCGCCGGAGCGACGAGAUCAUCAGCAUAGUGCCUGGAGACGUGACUACCAACCGGGCGAACGAGCUGCUGGUGAUGAUCCUACAGUCCCGCUACCCUCAACUCUUCUGCACGCGCUCCCAGGCCGCCCUGCUGCGCUACAUCAACGCCUCUACUGACGCUAGGAAGAAGGAGGUGCUGGCAGCCAACGACGUGAACAGUGACGAGGCGCUGGCGCUGCUCAGGAGCUUCUUCGCCGAGGACGUGCCUAGCUUCCCGUCAGAGCUUGGAGCCACCAACUCGGACGAGGAGAAGACCAAGCUGCUGCUCUUCCUGGCCACCAAGAUGCUGGUGGACGUGGACGGCGGCCACGCUAACCCCCUCGAGGCGCGGGUGUUCAGGCAGCCCUGGAGCGUCGUCGACGACACCUCCUACGAGCAGGUCGAGUAGCGGCCACCUCCUCCCUCCUGCCAUGGGCAACCGUUGCUAGUUCCUCCUUCUUUCUUACUCUUCUUCCUCUUCUU